CCACCUCUGUUGUGUGGUGCAUUUUCCGACGGGAUGCUGUGCGAGUUAUUCGCACAUGAAUGUCGUUACACGCCGAAGUUCGGCCGCCGUGAGCGACUAAUCGGAUGUGUUCAUGAUAGCCGUGCCGCAUCACAGACACGGGGGGGGCUUCGCUGUGAUUCAGAGCAGCGGCUGAAUGAAACGGUGGCAAUCCGUCUCAUUACGGUCUCAAUUAACGAUCGUUAUCUAGACGUGGAGAUAAAUGGCUCAGUUAGGGUUUGAAGCUUCUCUUCACGCAUCCUCUUACCCAACCUCCCCAGUGGGGACAAAAAAAAAGAAAAAAGAAAAACAAUAAUAGUAAUCCCCAUAAAGACCCGCAGCGCGUCAAUAAAGAACAUAAUUGUUUUUGCUGCGACGGCUGUUUUAUGACCGGUUUCGUGUUCGGCUACUUUCGCCGCGAGUUCUCCCCCCGUCUCGCGGCGGCGCGGCCGAGGAAGAGAGCGCACGCACUCCCCCCGGAGCGUCAGUCUACGCUCGCGCUCUUUCACUUUGUCCUCGCUAUUCCGAGCGAGCGCCGAGGGAGAGCGGGGAGAGCGAGCUGGGUGUCUCGUGCGGAUUCCACCGACACAAGGCGCGCGGAGGACCUUCGCGGCUAAAACCCCUGCCCGUCUGCGCGCGAUUUAGCACAAAUUUACGCAGAGAGAGAGGGAGAAGUAGAGAGGAGGAAGAAGAAGAAGAAGAAGAAGAAGAAGUGUUUGGAGAGAGACGCGCGGGGGGGGGGAGGAAUAACCAAAACGCAACACGUAUCCGGUGGGAUCCCACUCCUGAGAGAGAGAGAAGCGGCAGGAGUUGAAGCGAGGGGUGCAAGGAAAGCGAGAGGGGAGACAGAAGAAGAAGAAGAAGAAGAAGAAGAAGAAGAAGAAGAGGAGGAGGAGGAGAAGAGAGAUUUGACAUUUGGCCCCUAACAGCGCGUUUUCAAUUAAAAUAUAGAGGAAUAAUGAGGAACGUUUGGAUAAUUUUGACCCUCGGAUUCACCGCCGUCCUCGCCGGGGAGAGGAUAACAGAAGCAGCCAAGACAUCCUCUCAGGCUGAUGACUUGUACCUGGAUGACACAGGCUCAGGAGGUUAUUACCCUGAAGAUGAUGAUGACUUUAACUCAGGGUCUGGCUCAGGUGGGGGUGAAGAAGUGGUGGAAGAAACGGUGACUGUCAGUACGGUUUAUUUCGAGCCCAAUGCAGCACAACCCACCCAGGACUCCACCAAAGAUUUCACCCCCAGGGUGGACACAGCCACGGUCAGAGAAAAGGCAAGGGACAGCACACCAAGGAAACCAUUCAGAACAGAGGCACCAGUGCCAGUUACAGAGGACAUGCAGAGGAACCAGAUGACUAGUACAACUAGUGCCCCCGGCUCACCCCAGGAGGCCAUUGAGGUCCGCACUGAAAACCUCUUCCAGAGGACAGAGGUGUUGGCAGCUGUUAUUGCAGGCGGCGUGAUUGGCUUCCUGUUCGCCAUCUUCCUCAUCCUCCUGCUGGUCUACCGCAUGAGGAAGAAGGAUGAGGGCAGCUAUGACCUGGGAGAGAGGAAACCCUCCGGCGCAGCCUAUCAGAAGGCCCCCACCAAGGAGUUUUAUGCAUAAAAUCCCGCCCUCUCAUCAACAGAUUGACAAAUCUCGAGUGACUGUCAAAAACACAGUCCAUGACAACAGCAAAUCUGUUCAUACACAACAAGAAACAACAACAAAAUGUUUUCAAGUUGAUUAAGGAAAAAUAGCAUAAAGGAAAGCUUUUGCAUAGAGUAUUGUAAUUAAGACCUUUUCUUUCUUCUUUUUUUUUUUUUUUAAAUGAAAAACCAAGCAUUUCUCAUUUAUGGCAAAUCUCAGUGUAUUUAAACAUUUUGUGUAUUAUUUGAAAAGGCUGAAAAAAAUAAAAACAGGAUCUGUAAAGGCGAGGGAAACUGAUCGCAUCUGUCUUCUGUCAAAGGAGCUGUUUUUAGUCACUGACUACUUUUAACUGUAGCAGUAUGUUCUUUGUAAAGAAAAAAAAAAUUAAAAGUGGAAGUAAUUGAAAAUAAUUAUUCUGUAUCAAUCCUACGUUCAUUUUUUUCUUUUUAUUUUGUCCUAGCAUGUCUGAUGUUGAUCUCUAAAGGUGUAUUACAUUAAUUUAUCUUUUCUCUGAUGUUAAAAAAAUUGCCUUUGUAGUUCUGAUGAAGGUCUUCGGUCUUCAUAUUAACGCUGUUAACGGUCAAUUGUAAAUGUUCUCCCUUCAGGUUACAAUGUUUAUUAUUUGCUCUCACUUCAGUUUUUUUAGUCAGACGUGAGCGUUUCAUUAUGUCUUGUUGAUUUGUUUGUCUCUUCUCAGUGUCCUUUUUUUCUUUUUCGACAGGGUUUUAUUUUCAUACCAGGAAUUGGUCUUUAAAAGAUAAAAAUAAGUGUGUCAGGGCUCGGCAAAAAUCACAAAACUCGCUUCUGUUUUAUGUCUUGCUGAACUUCUUUUCUAUUUAAAUGCAUUCUGUCUCACAUUGCACAUUCACUGCUUUUUGCUUCCCACUGCUAUCGUGCAGCUUGGCGUGUGUGUAGUGUUUUGGGGUGAAGUUUCUUCUCUGUGGCUUUUUGGCCCAUAGCCACCUACCUCCCCAGCGUGUCCCUCGAGUUUACUGACUGCACCCAAACUCUGCUAACCCCCCCCCGCCCCCCGCCCCCUCAGUCUGUUUACCCUGAACUCCCUCAUUCCCACCUUCUCUUUAAUCAGAUUGGAGCAUGGCCAGUUGAGCUGUCAAUAACCCCUCCAACCCCAUCCCCCACUCUCUCUUUUUCUCACUCAGCUGUAUGGAGCCACCCUUGUAGCCUGGUGUUAUUGUCCGUGUCCCAUUGUUGAUGCUUUAGGCCCAAAGAUCGGCUCAGUGAAGCCCCGCUACUGCUUGGACACAAACAAACCAGGGCCACGGUUGAAUCCCCACAUGCAGAGCACAUACCUCUGCAGUAAAUAAACACCAGAACCCCCCCUCUAGAAAACCUAGUUUCUCAGAGGCACCGAUAAAUGAGGCUGUACAGAAAAUGUAAGACCCAAGUGUUACGUUUGAAUUAGUUUUGGGACUCAUGUUGAGGGCUAUUCAUGGUUUCUAGUGAUCAGCACAGGCAUUUCAAAAUAGCUUCUGUUGAAAGAGGAAGUUGUUUACUAGGUUUACAACCUACACAAGGUGUUUGCUUUGAUGCCAUUUUGCAUCCCGAAAUGAGUUUAACUCAAUAAGAGGCCACAAAAUGGCUGCUGCAAAAAAAGCCGUGUAGCUGCAUCAAUUGAAAGCAAAGAUUACAGUCCACUGACAACAGGUUACUGAAUUCACCUUUUUUUCUUUUAAAUGUCCACAUUAACUUGCUCUGAAGAGACACACAAGGUUUGUUCGGCAGGUUUGUGAAGUUGCCUUUUUUUUCAGCUGUACAGUAAUGUGUAGUAGAUACAGUAGAUGCUGUCACAUCGUCUAAACUCCUAACACCUACCACAUGCAGCUGUUCAUCCCUCUACCUCUCCAUCCAUCAUGUUCUUCUCUUCUUCUCUCAGUCUCGCUGUGAUCCUUAACUUGUCCACCUCCAUCCUCUUUUCCCCCCAUCUCUGUUGUCCUUUCUUGUGAUAGAACCUAAGGUACUGAACUAUACUGAAAAACCCAAAGACUCACAGUAUUUCUACUCCAACCAUCUUCUCAUUCCCACUCCCCUCCACCAGGGCCACAUCAUGUUGUUUCCUCAUUCUCUUUUCUCCUCACUCUUUUAGUUUUUUUUUUUUUCUCUCUAUUAGAGACCUGACCUUAGAGUCCAAUUGCUUAUUAGUAUAUGAAAAGAUAUAUAAAUAUAUAUAAAUGUAUAUUCACAAAUGUUUUAAACCUUCAAAGUGCCUACCAUUUGGAAAUGUACGUGCUCAAGGUGAGCAUGUGGCGGGUGUGUACACAAAGGAGGGGUGUAAACGACUUGACUGGCAUUCUGUGAGCAUGGAUGACUGUAAUGGUAACUUUUUUUUAGUCUUACAAAAGCAGACAGUAUUGUACCUAUAAGUUGAAACAACACUACUGAAUAAACAUU